GAUGCAUGUUUUGAAUCAGACAGAAACGGUUGCGCGCACGAUCGCAGUGCAAGGACUGUACGGACAAAUAUUUCUUCAUAAAACACAAAUAAACAAGCGAAAAGCCUUGAGUUGAGGUUUUAUGAUGAGGAAGAGUGAGGUGAUUGCUGCAGAGUCAGUGGCAUGUCUGAAUAAAGCUCUCUGCCAUUUGAAAGACAUCUGGGAGGAGAUUGGCAUCCCUGAGGAUCAGCGGUUAGAAAGAACAAAUGUAGUUAAGAAUCAUGUUAAAGGUCUUCUGGACAUGAUGAUUGCAGAGGAAGAGAGCCUACGGAAACGUCUAAUGACCAGUAUUGAGAAAUGUCACAAAGAGCUGAGUAAAUUGUGCUUGGAACUGCAGAGUCCUCCAUUUCAGGAGGAGAAAAGUGGCACUAUGCUUCAGCGGGAAAAAGAACUCCGGACCCAUGUUGAAGUGAUGUUAAAAGAGAAAAACCAGAGAAUGCAAGCACUAAAAGCAUUAACCGAGCAGGAUCAGGAUCUCUGUGACCUUCUCUGCUCGCAGCCGUUUUCUAUCUCUCCUGGUUGUGUUCCAUCCAUGGAACAGCUGGAGAACUUUCAUCAGCACAUCUCCUGCCUCACUGCUGAGAAAGAACGAAGACAUAAAGAAUUUGUCACGUUGAAGAAGCAGAUAAUACUUUGCAUGGAUGAUCUGGAUCAAUUGCCUGAGACUAGUUUUGAAAAGGAUGUCGUUUGUGAAGAUGAAGAGAGUUUUUGCCUGUCUAAAGAAAACAUUGAUUCACUCAAAGUCCUCCUUCAGCAGUUGGAGAACAGGAAGGCCGAAAAUAAACGUGUCUGUGGCUCUUAUCGAGAGAAGAUCCUGGAGCUGUGGAAAAGGUUACAGAUUCCACAAGAGGAGCGUGAUGUCAUUUCUGAGCACAUGACUCUGUCAAAGAAGAGGAAUAUGGAAGCUUUACAAGUUGAGGUCAAACGUCUUGAGGAACUGAAGCUUAAAAACAUGCAGAAUGUUACAGAGACCCUUCGGAAGGAGAUUGCAGUGUACUGGGAAAAGUGCUUUUACAGCGCUGACCAGCGACAAGCUUUUAUGCCCUAUUAUGAUGAUGAUUUCAGUGAGGAACUCCUGAGCCUACAUGAUGCAGAAAUUGUGCAGCUUAAACAGUACUAUGAGGAUCAUAAAGAACUUUUUGAAGGUGUUCACAAGUGGGAGGAGAACUGGAGACUUUUCAUAGAGCUCGAGGAAAGAGCCAAAGAUCCAUCCAGAUUCACCAACAGAGGAGGAAACCUUCUAAAAGAGGAGAAACAAAGGGCUGAUAUUGUCAAAGGUCUCCCUAAGCUCGAGAAGAAGCUGAAGGCAGAGAUUGAGCAGUGGGAACUUGAACAGAACAGAGAGUUCCAGGUAAACGGUCAGAAGUUCAUGCAGUUUGUUAGCGAUCAAUGGGAGUUGUACCGGCUUGAGAAGGAGCGGGAAAAACAGGAGCGGCAACUAAAGAAGAGCAAGCAGACAGAGGAGGACAUGGUCUAUGGCACUGUAAUCCGCACACCGACUAAACGAAGAUUUCUGGGCAGCACAACGCCUUGUAAAGCUCGAAAGCUAAACCCUACCUCCAGCACCGGCACCUCUAACAGCACUAUUCGAUCUGUCAUUGGUGGUACCGUCUGUCAUUCUCCUAUAUCUCGCCCUCCGAUUUCAGCAAGCAAGGGUAAUGGGGUAAAGACUCCAGGACACAGCAAACCUCCUCAUCAAGGUUUACUAGAGCGCAAUAAGGAGAACAUCUGCCAUCUAACCGGUGGUGUUGCUGGGAUGACGAAGGUACCAGCUAGUCCACAGCGAAACUUCAGCAUUAACUCUGUCGCAAGCACCUAUUCAGAAUUUCAGCGAGACCUCUCCAAGUCAUCUAAAUCAAAACAUGUGCCUGAAAUCCUCAACUCAACCAUCAUUCAGCUUUAACCCCACUGCAUGUAACCCUUUGCGCUAUCAGGAUCAGGAUCUUUACGUGAUGGUUUGUGGGUUCUUGCUCUUUAUAGCAAUAGCUAUGCAUUUUAUAUGUAAAUGAAGGUAACCUAUAUUUAAACAUUUUGGAGGGAAUCUACAUGUACGUUCAUUUUAAUGCUAGGACAAACACUGCUUUAUGUGUACUUUUAAUUUAACAAAUGUAUGCACAUUUUAAUGUUACAUCUGGUCAGCUGUCCCAAACUAAUUAAGAUUUUUUUAAGAAAUACUCUAGAGCUCAUUCUCAGUGUUAGCUACUUUCUCAAAAUCACAGGAUGUUUUUGAAUGUUUUGCACAAUGUAAAAACUUUAUUGUAUUCUAUAUGCUAUUGUACAAAUUAUUAUAUAAAGGUCCACUUUUAAAAAA